AUGAAGGAUCACGACGCCAUCAAGCUCUUCGUGGGGCAGAUCCCGCGUAACCUGGAGGAGAGCGACCUCAAGCCGCUCUUCGAGGAGUUCGGCCGCAUUUACGAGCUCACCGUCCUCAAGGAUCGCUUCACCGGCAUGCACAAAGGCUGUGCCUUCCUCACCUACUGCGCCCGCGACUCGGCCCUGAAGGCGCAGAGCGCCCUGCACGAGCAGAAGACACUGCCGGGGAUGAACCGCCCCAUCCAGGUGAAGCCGGCCGACAGCGAGGGCCGAGGAGAAGACAGGAAGCUCUUUGUGGGCAUGCUGGGGAAGCAGCAGAGUGAGGACGAUGUCCGGCGCCUCUUCGAACCCUUCGGCCAGAUUGAGGAGUGCACCAUCCUCCGAGGGCCUGAUGGAACCAGCAAAGGUUGUGCCUUUGUGAAAUACGGCAGCCACGCGGAGGCGCAGGCUGCCAUCAACAGCCUGCACGGCAGCCAAACCAUGCCGGGCGCCUCGUCCAGCCUGGUGGUGAAGUUUGCGGACACAGAUAAGGAGAGGACCCUGCGGCGAAUGCAUCAGAUGGCGGGGCAGCUGGGCAUCUUCAACCCCAUGACCAUCCAGUUUGGCGCCUACGGGGCCUAUACGCAAGCGAUCAUGCAGCAGCAGGCGGCCCUGAUGGCGGCCGCGCAGGGGACCUGCCUGAACCUCUUCAGGUACAACCCCCCUCCAUUUACCCCCCAACCUGCUUGACAACCUCGGGGGGGGGGGGGCCGGCGCUGACACCUCCCUCCUGCAGGUACGAGCACCCCCCCUGGCAUCAGCACGGCGCCCGUGCCCAGCAUUGCCACGCCGAUUGGGGUGAAUGGCUUCAGCCCACUGCCGCCGCAGACCAACGGGCAGCCCGCCUCAGAGACCAUCUACACCAAUGGCAUCCACCCCUACCCAGCUCAAAGCCCCACGGUGGCAGAUCCCCUCCAGCAAGCCUACGCAGGCAUGCAGCACUAUGCAGGUCCAGCAGCGUAUCCUACCGCCUACGCACCCAUCAGCCAAGCCUUUCCCCAGCAAGCGCCCAUCAUCCCGCAGCAGCAGCGAGAAGGUUUUGUCAGUUUUGACAAUCCGACGAGCGCUCAGGCAGCCAUUCAGGCCAUGAACGGCUUCCAGAUCGGCAUGAAGAGGCUAAAAGUCCAGCUAAAGCGGCCGAAAGAUGCCAACAGACCCUACUGA